GGCAGCGGCAGCUGCGGGACUGGCUGGGCCCCCCGAGGCGGGGGGGUUUAAAGGGACCAUGUCCCCGGCGCUGCUGCUGCUGCGGAGGCCGGAGCCGGGUAGGAGGCGGCGGCGGCUGCACCGGGGCCGCUGAGGAGCCCUGCGGGCCCGGCCCCCUUGGGCGCCCGGGAGGCGGGGACGGCGCGUGACCGGAUUUUCUGGCUACAGCUGCCUGUGAAUCCUAUGAAGUCCUGAUGUUUGUUUUUUCCUAAGUGACACAACAGAAUCUGCGAGGAAUGGAGAAAGCUGUCUCUUCAUCAGAGCAGCAAAGCGCGCAUUGGUGUGAUGGAGGCAAAACCGUGUUAAUGACACUGGAGCCAAACAAAGAAGAUUUUUCUGCCCUUGAGUGCCCCCAAGGUGAACAGAGAAUAGCUGCUUUUGUUAAAGAUGCAAAAAUGCCUCUGGAGAGUGCAGCUUUAUCAGGGACAUCAGUGGAAGGGGCGACUGAUCUCAAGGAGACUGCCUUCUAUGUUUCCGACAACGUGGAAGCCAUGAACAGAGAUGAGAGAGGGAAUUCAGGUGCUGAUGAUAUGUGCAGCUGUAAGAAGGAUCCCACUUUUUUCUUGCCUCUAUCCCGCCAGGAGCCAGACGUUGCUUUGGAAGCACACAAUGUGGCAGAUGAGCCCGAUCCUGCCCUCUGUGGUGCUGUCCCGAUCACGCCUCACAGGAAGGAACUCUGCACCAGGAAUGAAGAACAUGUAGAACUCAAGAAAGGGUUUUACAGAGCAGAUUCCAGGGGUUCAGCAGAGCUAAGAAGCAUGACUGUGUCUGGCAGCACAUCAUGGGAUUGUUCCACUCUAGAGACAAGAGGAGGUGACUUGAGAGAAGAAAGCACUUUAGAAAGACUUUCUGGUUUGAAGGACUCAGCAGGCUCAAAAGAAGUGCAGUGUGUAAAUCCUUCACAUUCAAUGGAGUCCACAUUUACAGUGGAGUCCAAGAUUGUAAAUACUGUGCAGAUGGACACUGAUCAACUGGAGAGCGACUCUGAGGACUUGAACGCUCACAAGGCUACAGCAGAAACUUCCAUUGCUUGUGCUGGAGUACGGUCUGUGAGUGGAGAGGAAAAAUAUCAUAAAAACGAACCAAAGCAACUUGAAGCCUUCAACAAAGAGCACUUAGUUAAAAAAAAGAAGGGCAUUCAGAGGUUUGACUGGAUUUCUGGGCACAGUGAGAGUUCUAGUCCUCACUAUAAAGACAUAAACAAGCCAACAGAUGCAGCAACUAACUUAUCCACCAGGGGACAGGCUGUGCAUGAGGUCCCUCGUCCGUUGACUCUGCCAGUAUUCAGAAAAACGCUAAACCCUGUCUUGAGCAAGUCGAAAACUCUGGAGAGUGUAUCCUCCCACAGGACGGGGCUGGCAAUGGAGGCCAGUUUGAGUGACUUGAGUUCUCCUAAUGCUGCAGAGUGGACAUUACAAAAGCCAAGCCUCCAGAUAAAUGCAGAUCUUGCUGUCAGCAAACAGUCCUGGACGGUAAACGCUGAAGACUCUGUGGAGCGAAUCCCACUGAUGUCUCUAGAACCGACUCCCUGCAGCUCCUAUGACAUUGAGAUGAGGCCAUAUGUGUGUAGUGUCUUGUUAGAGGAGCAGGGAAAGGACGAGCUUGGCCAGGAGGAGGAUCCCACCGUGUACACAUGCAUUGAAUGCAGCAUUUACUUUAAGAAAAAGGAACACUUGAUGGAUCACAUGCUUCAGCAUAACCAGGGACCAGGGCAGGACCAAGACAGAGAUGCAGUUGGGGGUCCGUGUCAGUUCUCCUGUAAUGAAUGCGGAUGGGCAUUUGGGGACCCUGGCUGUCUGGAGCAGCACAAGAGGCUUCAUCAGGAGUCCAGAGAGAAAAUCAUUGAAGAAAUCCAGAAGCUCAAUGAGUUUUCAGACGAAGGUCGAGAAGCCCGGCUGCAGUGCCCCAAGUGUGUCUUUGGAACCAACUCCUCUAAGAUCUUCGUCCAGCAUGCCAAGAUGCACGUCAAAGAGAGGAAGGACCAAGGCAUGAAGAAUGUCAAUCUCUUUGGCAGCACUGGCAGUGGAGAAAUGCAUGACAGCCCAGUGCACAACUUCUACAAACACUUAAAACCAAACAAACACACCCCUGUGCAGGUGCAGCCACACAGCAGCAGUAAAGGACUCAGCACCUGCAUGCUCUGCAGCUUCCCCGCCCCCAAUGAAAAUAUCCUAAAGGAACACAUGAAAUAUGCCCAUUCCCAUCUUCCCUGGGACAUAGAGAUUUUUGAAGAGGACUCUAAUCAGCCCGGAACUAGCAGGGAUGCCUACAGCCCUGCUAGGCCAGGCCGAUUUUCAGAGAUGGAUUAUUUUGGCAAAGCCGAGAGACUUUUUCCCCAGCCUCACCGAGAAAGCAAAUCCCAUUAUGAAUCUGUACAUAGUUUUGCCAUGGGUCACCAGAGACUCAAUAAAAGCAAUGGGACUAAUAAAAAGGAAUUCCAGACAUCAGAGUUUUACACCAGGAAAGCAGCCCCAUACGGUGCCCUGUACAAAAACCUAGGGCUGUCCACCCUUACCUCAGCAAAAGUUUGUUCUCAGUUUGCCCUGCAGCAAAUGAAAAAAAAAAGCACAAUACAGCACCUAGAGAGUGAUGGGGAUGAUGUCAGGAGUCACCCGGAGAGGCUGGAGGAGCUCAGGCACAAAUGGGCAUUGGCAAAUGAUGUUGGGAGCAUGGAAGAGGAAAUUUCUUUAACCACGGAAAUAGAUUUGACUGAGAAUAGAAGCUUCAAACCCUUUGCUAUUCCUCAGUCUGCUUUGGCCCUCAAGAGGACUUUCGGAGACACCUUGAAAGCAACAGACUCUUCUAUAGCAUCGGAAGAACAGCAGCAUCAGUUACAGAAGAUGGUCCCUGUUGUCCUUCUAGAGGAGAUGAACCUUCAUCCCCAAAAGACAAAGCGGCCAAAGGGGAAGCUGUACAAGAAGAAAAUAGCAGCUCCUUCCAGGGAGUUCAUGAUGGACGAAUCCCUCCCCUUAGAUAUUCUCUUGCUGGACUCCCCUCUAGAGGGUUCCCUAGAGCUAGAUGAUCUCUUGGAUACAGACUCUCCCAUGCUGAAGAACGAAGAGAGGAAAUGCCCAUAUUGUCCUGACAGGUUUCACAAUGGGAUUGGCCUAGCCAACCAUGUGCGGGGACACUUGAACAGGGUGGGUGUGAGCUACAAUGUCCGUCAUUUCAUCUCAGCAGAAGAAGUGAAAGCUAUUGAGCAAAAAUUUUCCUUCCAAAAGAAGAAGAAAAAAGGUAUUGCCAACUUUGACCCAAGUACUUUCAGUUUAAUGCGAUGUGAGUUCUGUGGGGCUGGUUUUGAUACACGUGCCGGUCUGUCCAGCCAUGCCAGAGCCCACCUGAGGGACUUCGGUAUCACCAACUGGGAGCUCACCAUCUCCCCAAUUAACAUCUUAAAGGAGCUGCUGGCCAAUUCAUCCCAACACCCUAUGCUGCAGUCUGCAGUAGGAACGGAGCCUUCAUCCCCAAACCGAGAGAGGGAGGUGCACGGGUUUGGACACCGAAAAAGCAUGACCCCCAUGUCCGAAUGCAGUAUUCCACGGUCUCCUUUAUCCCCGUACCCACCUGCGUGGGGAGACGAGUCCAUGCAGUCCUUCCGAGACGGUGACUGUUCCUAUCUGGCUUUGUGGGUUCUGGUUCGGCGGCGGCCGCCUGGGCUGGCUCGGCGCUCGGCUGCCCCGCCUGGCUUGGAGUGGCCCCUGACUCGGCGCUCGGCUGUCCCGCCUUGUGGCCGCCCUGCAUGUGCCGGACCCAAGAUGGCGGCCUCCACCUCCUCGCCGCUGAAAGUGACAAAAGCGGCGGCGCCGCCGGGGCCCCGGGAGCGGGACGUGGAGCCUGAGCCGGAGGCGGUGCCCGAGACCGUUAUGGCCUCUGAGGAGGAAGAAAUGGUUGCCAUGGAAGUCGGGUCACCACCCAUCCCAAAGAAGAGUACUCCAGCCGGGCAAUUGGAUCAAACUCCAAACAGAAUAGGGACCAAACUGUCUCCUGAACCUCCUGGAAACAAGCCAGACUCCCAGGAUUCCAAAACUCAAAACCUCACAACAUGCGAGGUCUGUGGUGCCUGCUUUGAGACCCGCAAAGGCCUGUCCAGCCACGCUCGCUCUCACCUUCGGCAGCUGGGCGUGGCAGAGUCCGAGAGCAGUGGAGCUCCCAUCGACUUGCUCUAUGAACUGAUGAAGCAGAAGGGCAAACCUGACAGCAGCCCAAUGUCCCCAACGCUCAGCAAAAAAUCCAGCUCCCCCAAAGAAGGGACAGGCAGCUCCCCACGGCCAACACUGCUGUCUCUCAGCAAGACAGGCGACCGCUUGCCAGAUCCCCCUGUGAACAAAGCGAUCAAGUCCCCACCAGGCUUCUCUUCAAAGAGCCUUUCACAACCAGGAUCCCCCCUCCUCAAAAAAGUGCCACCCACACUCUCAGGAUCUCCCCCUCCAAAACACCCCGAGGACAAGACCCCCAAGUUGCCCCUGAGCCCUCUGCAGAGCUCUCCAAAAGCACAGUGGCCGCAGCCCGAGGAGGAAGGGCCCUUAAAUCUAACUGUAGAUAGUGACUCGGGCAAAGAAAUUGACUGCCAGUUAUGUGGUGCCUGGUUUGAAACCAGAAAGGGGUUAUCGAGUCAUGCUAGAGCCCACCUGAGACACCUGGGAGUGAAUGAUCCAGAUGCUAAAGGCUCUCCAAUUGAUGUUUUAAAUGACCUCAUCCAAAGUGAAGACUUCAAAAGCCGUCUUUCCUCUCUCCUCCCUAGUGAGAGAAAAUCAUUAGUGGAGGCUGGGAGCUCGGACAGACCCAGCCCAAAGAGCACAGCAGCAGCACCUGCAACAGGCAUGAAACAACCACCUCCACCAAGGCCUUUGGGCAAACAGCCAGCGAUCCUCUCACCUCACUCCCUUCCACCAUCCAAGAAACUGAAGCCACAAACCCACAGGUUGUCAGCUGAGGCCAGUCUGCAAAGAAAACAGGGUCUUUCCUCCAGCGCGUACUGGGCUUCAGAUGCUGGGAUGUCUCCACUCAACCUCUCCUCUGGAUCGGAGCCCGUGAGGGAUAUCAGAUGCGAGUUCUGUGGGGAGUACUUCGAGAACCGGAAGGGGCUGUCCAGCCAUGCCAGGUCCCACCUGCGCCAGAUGGGGGUGACCGAGUGGUAUGUCAACGGCUCCCCGAUCGACACGUUGCGGGAGAUCCUCAAGCGCAGAGCUCAGCCCCGGGGUGGCAACACAAACCCACCAACCCCAGGGCAGAAAGCCAUGACCAAGACCGUCAUCGGCAGCAUGGGAUCGCUGGAGCCUCACAGCCCAGGAGAGAUUCAUGUGCCCUCCAUGCCCAAAAAGGUCCAGCAGCCAGGAAGUCCCAUGGGACACUCUCCUACCUCCUCCCCUCCCCCAACAGCCAGGAAGAUGUUUCCAGGGAUGGCCCCUCCCUCUUUUCAGAAGAAACUGAAACAAGACCAAAUGAGAAUGGAGAUCAAGCGAGAGAUGAUGUCUGGGAGCUUCCACGGUGAGCCCCAUCCAUCCAACAGGACCUGGUCUCCACGGGAGGAGAUGUCCCCCCUGAACCUCUCCUCCCGUGCUGACCCCGUGAGGGAUAUCCGAUGUGAGUUUUGUGGGGAGUACUUCGAGAACCGGAAGGGGCUGUCCAGCCAUGCCCGGUCCCACCUGCGCCAGAUGGGGGUGACCGAGUGGUCUGUCAAUGGCUCACCCAUCGACACGCUGCGGGAGAUCCUCAAGAAGAAGUCCAAGCCCUGUAUGAUCAAGAAGGAGCCCCAUACUUCCAGCAUUGAGCCCCCCAAGCCGAUGGCAGAGGAAGGUGCAGCCCUCAAGUCCCCUGGGAAAAUGCUGCAGGCCAUGUCCCUCUCCCCGCUGGGUGGAAGGACGGGAAAGCCCGGCCCCAGUGGUUCCAGCAUGAGCCGGGAGAUCUCGCUCUCGCCACUCACCAGCAAACCCCACGGGGGCUUCCUGACUCCACUCUCCACCAAGCGGCCACUGCAGGAAGAUCGUCUUGGGGGCCAUGGCGAAGUGAAGCAGAAGACCUACAUCCAGACCGAGCUGCCCUUCAAAGCCAAGGCUGCUCAUGACAAGCCUGCACACACAUCCAGUGAAGCCUGCUGCGAGCUCUGUGGCCUCUACUUCGAGAACCGCAAGGCACUGGCCAGCCAUGCUCGGGCUCAUCUGCGGCAGUUUGGUGUGACUGAAUGGUGCGUGAAUGGCUCACCCAUAGAGACGCUGAGCGAGUGGAUCAAGCACAGGCCCCAGAAGGCCGGAGCCUAUCGCAGCUACAUCCAGGGGGGCCGGCCCUUCACCAAGAAGUUCCGCAACUCGUCCCACUCACGGGAGCAGGACAGCACAGGGAAGAGGCUGCCCCUGGGCCUGCAGCCAGGCGCCAUGCCCCUCAUGAGCAAGAGCCUGGUGGGCGAGAUGGGGCACAGUGAGCACAGCAAACUCCUGGAUAGGGGCAGUGGUGGGGGUGGCGAGCGGCCCAUGGUCACCUCUCCCCUGUCACUGGUGAAGGUGGAGGAGCAUCGCCAGAACAUCAACAAGUUUGAACGAAGACAAGCCAAACCCCCAGAGGCCUCCCUCGCCCGAGAGGAGGAGGCCAGCGACUUCCAGCAGAAAAUGGAGGAAGCUCGCCAGCCAGCACCCAGGAUGAGACCAGUGCCCUCACUGGUCCCCAGGCCUCCACAGACAUCCUUGGUGAAAUUUGUGGGUAACAUCUACACCCUGAAGUGCAGGUUCUGCGAGGUGGAGUUCCAGGGCCCUCUCUCCAUCCAGGAGGAGUGGGUGCGACAUCUCCAGCGACACAUCCUGGAAAUGAAUUUCUCCAAAGCCGACCCCUUGUGCAGUGAGCCAGAGGCCCCCGAGGUGCAGGCCGUAGCUGAGGCUCAGUAACGGAGCCCGCUGGCCGGCGUCCCUCUGCCCCUCUCUUGUACGAGCACGUUUCCAAAGGAGCACGCUGAAGGACUCUGCUGCAGACGGUUACCAAAGGGAAGUAGCUAAAUUCUUACUGCUGGGCUCUGCAGCCUCCCGGAGCCCAGCUUCCCCUGUGCUGACUCACAUUGCAUGGGAGUGCCAGCGUUGAGCACUACGUGACAUAAGACAUUCUUCUGGGGGAGACAACCGUUACAGACUGGAGAUGGGACCCCAUGGGGUUCCCAUGAAGCAGGCAAGGAGGCUGCUGCACGGAAUCCUGAUGGGUGUGAAAUGAGACUCAUUUUCCCAGCCGGGAACGGGAGCUCCCUGCAAAAGGGGAUGAAUGUGGGGAUCCCUCUUUCCCGCUAAUGAAUGCAGAUUAGUCCAGAGACUCUGGUCCAGGGAGGGGAGUGCGUGUUUGCUCUGCUGCGAUUCAGGUUUCUAUGAGAAUUGCGAACGUGACAGUCCAUCAGGCCAUAUGUAACAAGAUAGGGAGAGAGGAGAAAGCUACUCUGUCUGUGAUGGUGAAUGUUGUUAAUUAUGUAUAUGGCCCUAGAGUUAAUGUAUAUUCGAUUCCUUAGACGAUGAUUAAUUUAGUUCACAUAGAUGUCAGAGUCCAUUCUUACUGAGUUGCGCUGCAUGUUACCCAUCCCCCUCCCCCAGACAAUACAUCAUUGGUCAACUUCAUCCCACACAUUAAAUGGCAAGUCAUGGAUUUACUGAUCCUCCACCUGUCUCGUAAUGUCUACAUUCAUUCUUUCCCUCCCCACAACUUCUUGCUGUCCAGUUGUCGUCCUAACCAUUUCACUUGAGAUUGUGCAGUGCCCCGCGGGUUCCUGUUGCUGUUAGCUUCCCGUGGCGGUGACCCAACACUACCAGAGGGGGUAGCUUUAGGCUGCACGCUGCCUUCCUUUCCUUUCUUAGCCUUCGAUUGUAGAAUGUCUUAAGAUCUCUGCAGUGCGACCUCCCGCCCCACCUGUCUGAAGGGUGGGUGCGUAAACUCCUGACUGAGUUCAGGUGUGUAAAUACCAGCUAAGUCUAUCCCAGGAGGCAUGACAGCAGGCAUGGGCUUCCAGGGUUCUUUGGUGAAGUGCUGAGUGAUACUAACACUUUUCCUGCCAAUUCAGACUCCAAAACAGCAACAGUGGCAGUCGCCAGCUCUCUCCAGGAGAACCUGGACGUUCUCCACACAGCCCUGCUCGCUGUUGCUUUUUAUGUCUAGCUGCAUAGAACCUCGACUUUUUUAACUCUAGUUUUGUGUAGAAAUAACGAGCAUUCAUUUUUAUUUGGAAUCCUAAGCUGAGCAGAGCUUGGAGGGAAUUUACCUUUUAACUUUUUUCAUUGGGCAUAUUCUGGUUAUUAAUGUACCUAGGAAUAUGUAAAUUAGAUUAAACUUCUCUUCUGGAAACUAAGCCAAGCAUCCUACAGUGUGUGCAUUUAUAUUAUCCAGACAGAAAGGAGGGGGAAUCGGAUGUUGUUUGCACAGGGGACCAUCACAAUUUAAGAGGCAAAAUUCCUUCUGUGAUGCUUUGAUAGAUAAACCCAGUUGAGAGUUUUCUA